AUGUAUCUGAAGGCAUCCGUCAGUUACAUAGCAAUUGCUCUGUCUAGUUUUGUUAUAAUCUCAUUUGUUGCUUACAUCCCCUACAUGCUUGCCCGAAUCGACUUCGUUUUGGAUUCUCUCAGGGUUCACAACGACGAAUUUCAAGCAAUGGAAAGUAUAUUGAGAUUAGAAUUUGAAGCCUUGCGUGGAAGUAUUUCACCACGCGAGCGACGUCAAGUAGAAGGAACAUGCAGUAAGUAUUAUAAUACUGAAACAAUCCACUUUUAA